GUAAAUCGAAUGUCUGCGUCUGCGCCUACAAACUGCAAUAUGUUCUUUUCCAGUUAAACCCUGGCGACGUCUUAGUUGAUCUUGGGCCGAGUGUCGUGGACCAGCUUCGAUUUUCUUAUUAGCAUCGCCAGUUCACAGCUGAUGCUUGUGCAAUCGAACAUGUCGUUUCUUCUCCAUGUCGAUCGAUCAUCGCUAUCAAACAAGUUUUUCCUAAAUCAGUGGAUCAAUGAAAAUGCGGAUAAUGUUCAAUUUCUUUGUUUUGACGAUGUUUACGGUCUGGAGCACGCAGCUGUCAUCUGCGUCUAAGAACGAAGGAACCUGCGACUUGCGUCAGCUGUCUCCAAACACAACCGGCGCAACGUGUGAUUUCAAGGAACACGAUCAUCGUCUCGUUUGCUUUCACGGUCUCGAUGAUAAAUGGAGAUCAGGGGGCGAGGAUGUGCGUACUUUGGUCCUUUGCUACUGGUCCUUGGACACGUUCGAUCCACAGCAUACUCUGCAGAUGUUCCCCACCUUACGGAAAUUAGUGAUUGCAAAUGGCAACCUAACUAGAUUGGCAUCACCGUUUCCAUCCGUGGUUCGAUCGAUCGAGGAUGUAAGGAUAACCGGAACAAGGCUGCAGAAAUUCCCCAAGCAGACCUUCGCCGAUUUGUCAAGCUUGAAGACCCUCGACCUGAGGAACAACUCCUUCGAGGAUGUCGACGUCGAGGCGUUCAACGUUCCCUCGCUACGUCACGUUUAUCUUUCCGGUAAUCCCCUGGGAUGCACGGAGAACGCGACAUGGAUAUUGAACCAAGAGAAGGGUUCUCCGAGCCGGAAAAUCGCUGACAAGGACAGCUUGCGUUGCACCGCGCCGUACGAAGGCAGACCUCUGAUCCAAGUCGUGGAGAUAAUCAAAACGCUGAAAGAAGAGUGCACCAGAACGAUAUGCGACUGCGAGCUGGUGUACGUCGUGAGCCAGGGUGGAAAGCAUAUUCAGAGGCAAACGAUGGCGUUUGCUUCGGUGAACUGCAGCCACCGUGAUCUGACGGAGAUGCCGAGUUUCUUGCCUGAGAAUACCACCACCCUUCAUCUGACUGGGAACAAGAUAAACGAUCUGACGCCGCUCGCGACGAAUCCUGCGUACAGAGGAGUGAUAGACCUGUACAUAGACGACAAUCUGGUCGAGAGCAUCGUCCAGUUGGAGGGAUCCACUUGGGUGGAUCGUUUCCGGUUGCUCAGCCUUCGUGGGAAUAAGCUGACCGAUCUGCCCACCUAUGCUUUGGAGAACGUGUUGCAGCACAAUAGAAAUGCUGUUAGCUUAUAUCUUGGGAACAAUCCGUGGCGAUGCGACUGCCUCUUCACGCCUGGUUUUCAGGAUCUACUGAUCAGGUACCCCAAUCUCGUGAAGGACAUCAACGACGUCAGGUGCUCGCCGACGAAUUCCGAUGGAAACUCUGGAAAAAUCAUACGAGAUCUGACGCGCGUGGAGAUCUGCACCUCACCGAACGAAAAUCCAUUGCUGCAUCCCUUGGACGCUUUGAACAUCGUACUAGCGUCGUUGAUAUUCCUCAUCAUUGGCAAACUCCUGUACGACUAUUGGUCCUUCAAGAAAACCGGCAAACUACCUUGGAUAGUAGCCAAGAUACCUUAAAUGAGAGUCGACCCGCGUUGAGAGAGAUCAAAUCUUGUCAGGUGGUUUCUUGCCAAGUUAAUUGAAGCUUCAAGGACAUCUUCCCUUAUGAAUAUUACUUUUUAAACAGGAGCGUUCUUGGAGGAUCAGUUGACUCGGUAAGAACUGUAGCUGCGUCUUCCAGCACGAACGCAGCUUUAUUUGCACAUAGAGUCUGGAGAUAUUCAGUGAUACUAGGAUACCACGAACGAUCCACAGUAAUUGGGAUCAAGGCAUUUUCAAGGAUCUAAUUUUUGGGAAAAAUAUUUCAUUCGGUACACAGUGUUGCGAAUGAAGAAUGACUUCUGUAGAUACACCAGGUUUCCAAGAACUCGAAUGUCAUCGAGAUUGACUUCAAUUUGUUUAUAGAGUCGAUAUAUCCAGAAUUAGUGUAAGAACCGGAAAUGGGGGGUAGACGAUUCUGAACCACAAUUUUCUGUGUAAAAAUAUCGGACGGCGCAUCGUUUUUGAAUUAUAGCCCCAUUUUUGGUUCUUGUACUAAGUCUGGGACACCCUGUAGAAUCAAUUGGAUAAUAUUUAACCUGAGGGAGGUGGCCAGCUAUGGAAACAAAAGUGGCUUUGGCUUUAGUAAUGGAGGGUUGUAUUUGUUAAUUGUCAAUAAGAAUUAAUGAGGGAAGUUGUCAACAUAUUUUUCCUAGAGUCGAGGGGUUUUCCGAUCUUUAAUCUUCGCACCUGCUUUCUGGUCUAGACAGUACUGACGGUACACCUCGUCAGCUGCUGAUUUCUUGGCACCGCAUUCCCUGAUACCGCGACCUGUGUUACAUAUAACAGCUUAUUCAGAAAUAGAAGACAAUAAUGAUACAGAGGAUUGAAAAAUAAUUAAAGAUUGCUCGAGGACUCUUCCUCAAACUUGCAAAGUACCUUCGCAUGUGUAGCCCAGCGCUGUACAAGUAGCGACGUAGGUGAAGCCUUGAUAAGUUUUCACUUUCUCGACGCAGUACUUUGGUACCGAUUGUCCCGUCUCGAGACAGAUCUGAUAUAGUUUUCGCUGAGGCGUUUCUCUAGGGCUAUCCGUGCCAAGGCGAAUUAUUUCCAGCAUUCUGUAGAAUCAAGUUCACCAAUUUUACAGUUUCUUAAGCGCUGAUAACUGUAAGUUCGAUUGUACAAAAUAAUGUAAAUGUAUAAAUGUAUAAUACUACUAAUAAUAACGUAAAUGUAUGCACAGUAAUCCCUGUUUUGGAGCGAUAAUCUUCUUAAGUAACUGAACCAUCAACUGAAUCAUAGCCUAACGCGUAAUUAAAAGCGGGAUAUUAAUUAAUUUCAUUGAAAUUUAAAUAAAUAUGCGAAUACAAAUUUAUUUGAACCGAACAAAAUUGCUAAGAAUUUUGAUAAUCGAAGUUUUUGAGCUAGAUUUCUGUAGCACGUACUCUUCAUCCGAGAGAGGUAAAAGGUUCGAGAGCUUCCCAUCGUUCAUCUGAUGGUUAGCGA